AUGAAUGAAACUUUACUAGAAAAAUUUGUUCAUAACUAUGAAUUAAAAUUGAAAGAAACUUAUCGAAAUUGUGAUACAUAUCGUCUGAGUGAGUAUAAUGCAGCAGUUCAAAUUCAAGCAUGGUUUCGUGGUAUUCGUAUAAGAUGCUAUUUAAAACUUGUAGAAAAAUGUACAAUUCUCAUACAAAAAACAUGGAGAGGUUAUCUAGGCCGUAAACGUUAUCGAAGUUUAUUAUCUAAAGCUGUGAUAGAAUAUCGACGAAAUAAAUUUAGUAAAGCAGCAGCAAAAAUUCAAAGUGCAUGGAAAGGUUAUUUAACUCGUAAAUAUAUAUUCAACUUUUAUGCACGUAAAGUUUACUUAGAGGCAUUAAAAGAUAUUGGUGAAUUUGUCAAGCAUCAAUUGUCUGAAUAUGAAAAAGAAAUGAAAUAUUUAGAAUAUAAAAAAGAACAAGAAAAUGAACGAAAUCGUAUCAUUAAUUGGGCGAAAUCACAUCAUUUUUUGGUAUCAACACGUUGUCAACCAGGUAUCUAUCAAAAUCCAUUGAAUAAAGAAUCAAGUGACAAAGAGAAACUUUUAUUAUCAGUAGCUCGACAAGAAUCAACAAGAAGAAUUAAGAAAAAUAAACAAUUGAAAAAAUUAUCAACAAAACAAAUAGAUGAAUUUUCAUAUCAAAUCGAUUCUUGUCAUCAUAGUCAACUUAAUCAAGAAUCAACAGCUACAUUGCCAAAAAUAAAAGGUCCUUUCAAAAAUCCCAAUGAAGUGAAAAAAUGGAUCAGUACACCAGUGAAUUUAUCAUUACGUGUAUCAACAGAUUAUUUCUCAUUGAAAAAAGCUCAAGAAAUUUGGAAAUCUGAAGAAUGGACUAAUCGAUUACAUGAUGAUAUUUUUCACACUGGUCGUCCACCAUCAAUACACUAUGAACGAUUAUUAUGGACAACAUCAGUGUAUGGUUCCAUACCGUAUGGUACAAAACAUUUUCGUCAUACUGAGGAUGUGGCCAACAACAACAACACGGCAAUGGACAGUCAAAAACCGAAAUUCCGCAAUGUUCUCCCACCGAUUGCCCUAUUCGACAAAUUCAAUAAAGAAUAUAUACCGGGUUAUGCAACCGGUUAAACUAUAUGCAUCAAACGUAUUUUUUGUUUUUGGUCAUGAUAACAGUAAUAAUAAUUAUGUGACUCGAUACUUCAGUCAUGUUGAUUGUCAUAUGCUUCUUUUUUACUCGCAGUAGUAGCAGUAGUAGUA